GAAGGUUCCUGGCGGCGCCAUUUUGUCGCAGGCUGCGAGCUGAGGGGUGGUGACGGUCGUGUUCCCAGCAGCUGCGGCUCCCGGAGAGGGCGGCGGCAUCCCCAAGCGCCGAGAUGCGGCAUUCCAGACGAACUAAUUAUGCUGAAUGGGAUGAAAAAGAAAGUUGGGAUCGCAGAAGGUGCAGCAGUGGUUAUAAGAGAAAGAGGAGAUCUCUCAGUAGUGCACGGGAGAACAAGCACUUCAAACAUGAUCUUUCUAAACUUCCCGAUAGUAACUAUUCAGAAACCAAAUCCAUAAAUGAAAGAGACCAUCAUGAACGGCGUUAUGUCGAAGAAUACAGAAACGAGUACAGUCAAGGAUAUGAUAAUGGGCACCAUCACAGAGACCAUGAAAAUGGUUAUCACAAUCAUAGUAGCAAGUCAUCAGGCCAUAGCGGGAGGAGUAGUUACAAAAGGAAAUACAAGACACAUCACAGUGCCUCUCACCAUCAUCAUUCACAGGUGAAGAGUCAUCGAAGGAAAAGAUCCAGGAGUGUAGAGGAUGAUGAGGAGGGUCACCUGAUCUGUCAGAGUGGAGACGUACUAAGUGCAAGAUAUGAGAUUGUUGCUACUUUGGGUGAAGGUGCUUUUGGAAAAGUGGUGGAAUGCAUCGAUCACAAGGCGGGAGGUAGACAUGUAGCUGUGAAAAUAGUAAAAAAUGUUGAUAGGUAUUCUGAAGCAGCCCGUUCAGAAAUACAAGUACUUGAACAUUUAAAUGCAUCAGAUCCCAGCAGUACAUAUCGUUGUGUCCAGAUGUUGGAAUGGUUUGAGCACCAUGGACACGUCUGCAUCGUCUUUGAGCUAUUGGGACUCAGCACCUAUGACUUCAUUAAAGAGAAUGGCUUUUUGCCGUUUCGUCUGGACCACAUUAGGCAGAUGGCAUAUCAGAUCUGCAAGUCUGUGAACUUUUUGCAUUUAAACAAGUUGACACAUACAGAUCUGAAACCUGAAAAUAUUUUAUUUGUGAAAUCUGAUUAUGUUGAAGAAUAUAACCCCAAACUGAAACGUGAUGAACGCACACUAAAAAAUCCAGACAUCAAAGUUGUGGACUUCGGGAGCGCAACAUAUGAUGAUGAACAUCAUAGUACUUUGGUGUCUACAAGACAUUACCGAGCUCCUGAAGUUAUUCUAGCAUUGGGAUGGGCACAGCCCUGUGAUGUCUGGAGCAUAGGAUGUAUUCUCAUAGAGUACUACCUUGGAUUCACAGUAUUUCCGACCCAUGAUAGCAAAGAACAUCUGGCAAUGAUGGAGCGAAUACUGGGCCCUUUGCCAAAUCACAUGAUACAAAAAACAAGGAAACGCAAAUACUUCCAUCAUGACCACUUGGAUUGGGAUGAACGCAGUUCUGCUGGUAGAUACGUCUCAAGACGCUGUAAGCCACUGAAGGAAUUUAUGACUUGCCAAGACUCUGAUCAUGAGAACCUCUUUGACCUCAUUCAAAAGAUGCUGGAGUAUGACCCAACCAAACGCAUUACUCUUGAAGAAGCACUGAAACAUCCUUUCUUUUUCCCAUUGAAACAAGAAAACAAGUAAGCUCUAUCUUGCAACUGAACAAGCAGUUACAGACUGUCAGCCAACAACAGAAGCAUAAUAAAGUUUUUAAGUAUUUAUUGUGUACAGGUAGCUUUAUAAAUACCCUAUUUUGUAUUAUGAGCCUGUUUGGAUACUUAAGUUUACUGAUCCAGCUGCUGAAAUAAAACUUUCUAUUUAAGAAAAA